AUGGACAACAGUGGGAAAGAAAAAGAAGCUGUACAGCUCAUGGCCGACGCCGACAAGAAAGUCAAGUCGUCGGGCUCUUUUUUGGGAGGAAUGUUUGGCGGAGGACAUCACAAAGUGGAAGAGGCCUGUGAAAUGUACUGCAGAGCAGCCAACAUGUUCAAGAUGGCCAAGAACUGGAGUGGUGCCGGUGGAGCGUUUUGCAAGGCUGCUCACCUCCACAUGCAGCUGCAGAACAAACACGACUGCGCCACCAGUUUCAUCGAUGCCGGCAAUGCGUACAAGAAGUCUGAUCCUAACGAGGCAAUCAAGUGUUUAAAUGCCGCCAUCGAUAUUUACACAGACAUGGGAAGGUUCACCAUCGCUGCCAAACAUCACAUCAGUAUCGCCGAAAUCUACGAGGCUGACUUGGUGGACAUUGAAAAAGCAAUUGCACAUUAUGAGCAAGCGGCGGACUACUACAAGGGAGAAGAAUCCAACAGUUCGGCUAACAAAUGUUUACUGAAGGUGGGGGCCUACUGUGCUCAGCUGGAGCAGUAUCAGAAGGCCAUUGAGAUCUAUGAGCAGGUUGGUGCCAACACAAUGGACAACCCACUGCUUAAGUACAGCGCCAAGGAGUAUUUCUUUAAAGCGGCACUGUGUCACUUUAUCGUGGACGAGCUCAACGCCAAGAUCGCUGUGGAAAAAUACGAGGAGAUGUUCCCGGCUUUCUCAGACUCCAGAGAAUGCAAACUUUUGAAGAAACUGCUGGAGGCUCAUGAGGAACAGAACAGUGAAGCCUUCACAGAAGCGGUGAAGGAGUUCGACUCCAUCUCGCGUCUGGACCAGUGGCACACCACGCUGCUGUUGCGCAUCAAAAAGACCAUCCAGGGCGACGAGGGAGACCUCAAAUGA